AUGGAAGGUAUUAUAUUAGCCUCAGCGGCAAUCGCGACUGUUUACAUUGGCUCAGAAUGGUCAACACGCGAAACAAAUCCAGAAGAAAAGCACACGAUAAAUAAGAAGCUUGCAGCAUUGUUCCCUGUGUUUGGCGGACUUACCCUUGUGGGUAUGUAUCUGAUUCUUCGUUAUUAUGGAAAAGAAUAUAUCCAGCUUAUUUUGCAGGGCUAUGGCAGUUUUGCAGCAGCCAUGUGCUUUUUGCGGACCCUGAAUCCCAAGUCUACGCUCGGAAAAUCGUUUAGUGUACUGUUGACAGCUGCAAUUACUUUCCACUAUGUAAAAACAAAGCACUGGUUCACUUCCAACUUGCUUGCAUGGACUCUGGCAGCCAAUUCUAUUAGUAUGAUGCGGAUUGACUCUUUUGCUACUGGAGCCGUUCUUCUAGCUUGUCUGUUUGUAUACGACAUUUACUUCGUUUUCGGAACCGAUGUCAUGGUCACUGUAGCAACUGGAAUCGACAUUCCAGCGAAAUAUGUGAUUCCCAAUUUCACAAAGCCUGGCCGAUUCUCUAUGCUUGGCUUGGGUGAUAUCGUUAUGCCCGGUCUUAUGGUCAGUUUGAUGCAACGUUUCGACGUUCACAAUGCGCAAACACACAAGGAUAAGAAUACCACUACCCCCUACUUAAAAUGGACCCUUUUUGCUUACACUUUAGGACUUGCUAUCACCAACGUCGCCUUAUACUAUUUCCGUGCUGCUCAACCAGCACUCCUCUACCUUAGCCCUGCCUCUAUCCUAGCACCUCUGUUGACUGCUUGGUACCGCAAAGAGCUAACUUCUUUAUUUGCCUUUCGCAGUGAAGAGCAGACAGAAUCCGAUAAAAAAAAAGAUGAGUCUACUCUAGAAAACAAGGAAAAUUAA